AUGAAGCCGCGGGAUAUAUGGAAGCUGAUGACCGAGAUGGUCUCUCGAUCGCUUCAAGACUCUUUGAUAAAUUCACCCGAGUUGAUUCUUGAGGAAACGUUAGAGAAUUGCACUGCACUUGACGAGGAGGAGCGAGUGCUGGUUCGUGAAACCGUCUUGGGUACCCUGCAUUUUGAAAAGGUCUGUGAGGGCAUUUUGAACGGGUACGCGGAUUGUCUGCGACGCAUUUUGAGAGAUAAAACUUCCAUGUAUAUUGCAGCAUAUUUGAUGGUUUUUCAGUACACCGUCUUGGGCGGCCAUCGCAUACGUGAACUUCUUUAUCGUUGCACAACCACACCGCGCCUUUUAGAGUAUCUGGAGUACAUGCUGAAUCCACAGAGCCUCAUGGAAUACUCCAGCCCAUACUGGAACAAGCAUUACGAUAUGAACUUUAUCACGAGUACGAUCCUCAGGCCCUUGUUGGAGAUUACUCCACACGUACGGAAGGACGUCAUUCAGUGGUUAUUAGAUAAAACAGCUGCCCGGGUUGUGAGAGACGAUGAGACGGAAGAUGUCAAUAUACCAACGACGCGAACCGUGGCAGCGCACGCGCCGCGGGUGAAGAAUGACCUGGACGAACGUCCGGGAAAAGUUCCCCCAGCAGAGGUACGGGCAAUGCUGCAUACAAUCCCUGAAAAACGACCCCCACGUAUCGACUUCACAAAGGCACCGGACAUUGUUGCCAAAAGCGGGUGCAGUCCUACUGAACCCAUCGGCUUUAGUUUUUUGACACGAGAAAGGCGGCAAAAAGCAAAUACGGUAGAACAGCCCGCGUGCCAGGCCGAGUCUCCCAAACCCACACGGAAAGAGUGGCGGCAGAUGCUUUACAAACCGGUUACCGUACAUAUGACGGCAGGUGCAAUUCGCAGAGAGGCACAGACGUACCUGAAGCGGAUGGAGGAACGGAAGAAAUCCCUUGGGGAGAUGGAGGCAGUGCUGCGUAAUUCCCAGGAAUUCGAGGUCUGGCAACGUCAAGAAAAGGCACGGGAGACCCAACAGCGUGAGGCUGAGCUUUUGAAUCGUAAGGCGCAAAUUGAAUUUGCCAGUCAUAACGCUGUGCAGAAACGAAAAGCCGUUGAGGAAAUGAAACGCAUGGUGUCCUCUCAGGUGCGUGCUGACAUCGCCUCACAGUUGGAGUCUUUUUCUGCGGAGAGGGAUUGCGAAGCUGCGAGACAACGCAACCAAACAGCCAAGAUGCGUCGGGAGUUGGAAGUAAACCGAAGGAAGGCCGUCGAACAGGCACAGCGGGAUCGUCUCACCGCCGCAGCAAAUGCCAAGGCAGAGAACAUGCGACUCAGAGAAGAUGCACUCGAAGAGGAGGAACGAAUACAAACGCAGCGCAUCAUUCUCAUUCAAGAAAUUCGUCAGUUGCGGGAGCGCAAUCGUCAGCGACAGGCCGAAAUUCAGGAAAGGAAUAUUCGGUUGCAGAAGGAGAAUCUAGAAGACUCCAUGUAUGGUGGAAUGGGUAUUUCCAUGCUAAGGGAAAAGCUUCGCCAAGCGAAGGAAGAAAGUGCUCAGCUGGAAGAGGAGCGACGGGCUCAUUUCGGUGCUUUGCGGCAAAAAGAACGUGAAAAGGUAGAGGCUCUUAGUGUCCUUUGCGCAAACUGGCGUCAAAACACGCGCCGCGCGAGGGAUGAGGAGAUGAAGAGCAAACAACAGGAGGCUGCGCGGUUGAAGUCGAACAAGAAUGAGGAAGAUGCAAGACGGGCUCUCUUGCUGUGCGACGCCUUGAAGCAAAAACGAAAGGACAGGCGUACGGAGUUUUUUGCCCUGAAAGCGGAGGAGCGAAGACGCAAUAACGAGCUGCUGCUCCUUGCCAAGGGUACCUCGGACAUGGAGGAGAAACACUGGUCACAGCAGGAACUUGGCGCUAUCAAUCGUCUUACGGUCCGUCAGAAUAAAGAGUUUCGAUCGGGCUUUUGA